AGUUCGAGACCAGGACAUUUAGGUGCCCACCAGAUUAUUAUCAAAGGUGGUAAUUAAUAAUUAUCUUUACUCAAUUUAAUUCUUAGGAAAAAAAUUAUAUUAAUAUUCUACAAAGUAAUUUAAUAGUACAUUAGUUGUUGACAUUGUUUAUGCAGGGCCCGCCGUGGGUUUAUUAAUAUUAUUUUAAAACAUCCGAACAAUCAAAAUACUGUAUUGAUAUGCGCGUGUUGUGAUUAUAUGGUAUACGUGCGAAACUGCGAACACGGCCUUCGUUUUUAGUUUUUACAGUGAACAAAAUCCGUUUCGUUGUUUCGUUUCCCGUCUGAAAACAUAGUCUAUAGACCAUGGCCGCCACAAGGAGACUUCAAAAAGAACUAGCAGAUAUCCGUGAUUCUGGACUUAAGUCAUUCCGCGAUAUUCAGGUUGAUGAAACAAACAUAUUAGCUUGGCAAGGACUGAUUUUACCCGAAAAUCCCCCAUACAACAAAGGGGCAUUUAGAAUAGAAAUAAAUUUUCCUGCAGAGUAUCCAUUUAAGCCACCUAAAAUCAAUUUCAAAACUAAAAUUUAUCAUCCCAACAUUGAUGAAAAGGGCCAGGUUUGUUUGCCAAUCAUAAGUGCUGAAAAUUGGAAACCAGCUACCAAGGCUGAUCAAGUUAUUCAAGCCUUAAUAGCCUUAGUUAAUGAUCCAGAACCAGAACAUCCUCUACGUGCUGAGUUAGCAGAAGAAUACUUGAAAGAUCGUAAGAAGUUUUUUAAAAAUGCUGAAGAUUAUGCCAAAAAGUUUGGUGAAAAAAGACCAUCUGAUUGAAUGUACACCGUGGCAUUCUAUACUGAUGAGUGUCGUUGAACUAUGAUCAACACCAAAUGAAUUACACUUAAUAAACAACGACAACAGCAACAACAACUUAUCACCAAUAUGUGUAAUCACACAAUUUCGAGCAAUUAGUUGAGAUUACAAGAUUGUAACCAAUAUUUCUAUCACUACAAUAAACACUAUAUAAUUUGAAUAAAA